AUAUUUUUUAUAGAAAUGAUGAUAGUACACCAAAACCAGAAAAAUCUUUCGAGAUUUUUAAACACGAUAGAUAGAUUCAGCAAUGAUGUAAAGCAUCAGCAUUUUAGAGUUUAGGUAUAACUCUGAAGAUUCACCAUGAAGCUUCAUGUUGUUGGAAAAGGUUAUUUUCCUUUUCCAUCAAACCAGGAACUUAAGCUUCAGUUGUCCUCACGGAAAACGUCAUCUUGGAAAUUCAAAUAUUUCUGGGACUUUGUUCAUCAUGAACACUCUAAAGUUUGGAUGAAAAAGAUGGCGACGAUGUCGAGGGUGACGAGCAGGCAAUCUGCUCCACGAGGGGACCCGCGAGGGAUUCCAAAACGAGUUUUACGAAAACAAAAGUUGAUCCGUGGCUGUCUGGAAGGUUUCGGGGCCAUUGGAGUACAAAUUGUCAAAGUUGGACAAAUUCACCAAGUUUGCAUUUUCUGCAUUGCGAAAACAAAGUACGGCCUAUUCAUGGAACAUUCUCGCCUCUUUAACUUGCCAGAUUUAAAAGACGAAAUUGAGGAGUACCUGGGGCAUUUGAGUUGUGAUGACCAAAUGUCAACUUUUCAAGGAAGUAGCACACAUGUUUGGGCUCCUUCCAACUUUACCGAACCAGAUACAACCUUAGUUCAACCUGUUGACCACUUAUCAGAAUUCUUUAAACCUAAUUCUCAACCAACAAUAGACCAGUUUUCCGUGGUCACAUCCCCCAGAUCAGAAUUCUCAAAUUUUCUAGAUAACUCGUCAAAAUUUGUUAAAAAUCCUCUAAAACAAAAUCACCCCUCGGAAGACCACCAUAAAAAGAACAACAUGGCGUGCAAGAAAUACAGAGAAAAACAAAAAGAAAGGUUUAAGUUUAAGCAGGAUGAACUUUCAGAGCUUCAAAAAAUAAACUCAGAAUUAAACAAAAAAUUGGAAGCCAAAAAAAAUGAGGUGAGACAACUUCAAUCCAUGCUGAUUCGAUCAAUGGGAUAUCCCGUUUUGUAAAUUGAAAUCAAAGUUCAUUAAAAAAUAAGAAGUCAUUUAGAAAAACCUUAUCAGUGAAAUCUACCAUUGCAGAUUUUCAAAAACGUGUUUGUCUUGAUUCUAUAUAUAUUUGACAAUAUGCAAUAUGCAUCUAUUGGUUUUGUUUGCACAACAUGUUUUGUUAAAUUAAAUAAUUAAAAAGAGA